AUCCGCGAGUCACAGUCGUUCGAAAUGGCUGCCAAAUCCGAAACUGCCGUCCCAAGAAACGCAGAUUCAUAUCUCCAUAACAAUGUUUUCGACCUCUUCUCUCUAAAGGACCGCGUUGUCAUAAUCACGGGCGGUGCUAGGGGGAUUGGACUGGCUCUUGGGUUUGCCGUUGCAGAAGCUGGGGGAUCCGUUGCGAUCAUCGAUGCGGCGCCGCAACCCCACGAGCAUUACAAAAAACUGCAAGAAAUAUGCAAGGCUGAGUUCUAUCAAGCAGAUGUGACCGAUUAUGAGAAACUGCAGGCAACCUUUGAUAAGAUUGUCGAGGAUUUUGGACGAAUAGACGGCCUUAUCACGGCGGCAGGCGUAUGCCCCGACCAGGCCUUCUUAGAUCGAGAUCCGAAAGACGUGGAGCGCACCUUCAAGAUCAACGUCUUCGGCACCUACUUUGCAACUCAGUUGGCUGCGAGACAGAUGGUGAAGCAGGGGAGGCGAAGUGCAGCUCCAACGUCAGGCGCUGGAUCGGUUGUCCACAUUGCCUCCGUCUCUGCACAUGAAGCCCCCAAACUCCAGCUGACGAGCGAUUACUCUUCGAGCAAGGGUGCAGUCCUUGGUCUGACGCAUCAGCUUGGAUCGGAGCUGGCAAGUAUGGGUGUAAGGGUGAAUAGUAUCUCCCCAGGAUACAUCUUGACGGAUAUGAGUAUGGCCCUUCUCGAGCAAAGGAAGGAUGUAGGCGAGGUGUUUGUAAACGCGCCAGCCAUGAAACGGAUGGGGGACCGCACCGACUUGAAAGGGGCUGCGGUUUACCUGCUAAGCGACGCCAGCGCGUACAUGACUGGUAGUGAGAUGCUCAUUACCGGAGGUUUGCACGUCACGUAGAAGCGUUGAGAAAGUAAUAUCCUUCUCUCUUCGAUAUCUGAAAC